AUGGGUAAUUGUUCUUUCAAAGGGACAGCUGAUGGUUUCCCAAGCUCCACCCGGAUUUUGACAGAUUCCGGGACUGUACUGGAGUUGAAGAACCCGAAAUUAGCUAGAGAAGUUCUUGAAGAUUAUCCAGGCUAUGGAAUUUUCCCUCGAGGCCAUAUUGAGCGGCCGAAGAUGUCAUCUGCAGAGUUUGUGGACAGUUUGGCAUGCGGGUCUGCUCUGGAAGUGUUGCCAUCGGAUGGGAAUGGCGUUUGGAAAGUGAAGCUGGUGAUUAGUACAAAGCAGUUGGAGGAAAUUUUCUCGGAAGAGGUUAACACAGAGGCCUUGAUUGAGAAAAUGAGAAUGGCUGCCUGCUCAGCUAGCCGCCUCACGCCCAGGCGGACCAAGAACUCUUGGCUGGUGGGCUGGAGGAAGCCAGCACUUCUCAAUGUAAAUUGUAAGUCUUAA